AUUUUAUUUACUUUAUGGCCCAUUAAUUAGGUGUAAUAUAAGAAACAUAUCAAGAUCACUUGUAGGAAUGGGUUUUAAAGCAGUAAACUUAAAACUAACUUAUUGAUAAGAGGGGACCGGUUUUAAGAAAGAGGAGAGAUCUUCUUUUGGGAGCUCUUAAAGAUUGUCGAGAUGGAGAAUCUAAAUUAUGCGAUUCAAAAAUAUCAUGCAGCACUGCUUUGUUUACAUCAAUGUAUGAUGAUACAGAUCAAAUUCAAAAGCUCUAGGAUGAGUUGGCUCAAAAGGAUUAAUAAAUUUAGGAAUUAAAGGAUUAAGUAGAGACACUGCAACAAUAAAUUCACAGAAUAUCGAUGUGUAACGAUGAAAUGCAAUUCGAAUUACAAAAACAUCAUUAGUAAUAAUAAGCAUUUUAAAGGGGAAACAAAUCAAGUUAAUCUAGUAUAAUAUACAUGACUAUUCUUAGUGAUUGUCCCUCCUUUAACAUCAUCCACUGAAAAAGCACAAGCCACAAUCAACAAAUUCGUAUAACCAAUGUCAACAAAUUCAUUUAAAUCAACUGAUAGCAAAGGACCCAAUUCAAAGGAAGAUAUGAGAAAAAUGAUAAGAAGGAUAUCAUAAUAAGCAUCAGCUUCAGCUUAUAUAUUAGCUGCUAAAGGAGACUAUACUACCUUGGCUGCUGCUUAAGAAGAAAUUUAAAGUUAGAAAAGUGCAGGAUCCCAAAAAUCUCUGUCUAAUAAAUGA